ACACCUCCGGGAGGCUGGGCUACGACUCUCUUCUAAACAGGUUUCAGAGCAGCGAGGUCCUGCAGGGUUUAGUUUAGGAAGACAUUAUGCAAAAAUCCCCCAAGCUUGCUCAGCAGUUCUGAAAUGAGCAUUUAUUAAAGUCGGCUUUCUCCCAGAAGGGUCAUCUUCUUCGGAUCCCUAGCGUGUGACUGGAAGCCCAGACUGAACCUUCAUUCCUCUGCAGCCGGAAGGAUCCCCGUAAGGGCUUCUGUACUCUACUGUGUUGUGUUUGGAGAACUCGGGAGGCCUUUCGUGGAGACGUUUGGAAUUGGAAUUCCCACACCCCUGUCUCUUUCAAAGAGGGAGCUAGCUGUGGAGAGCAAAGCCUUUAGAAUUCAGCACUGGAGACACAAGGAGAAUUCUUGGAAUCAUGGUCUCCCACUCGGAGCUGAGGGAAAUUUUCCGUUCUGCUGACGCUGUCUGCUUCGAUGUGGACAGUACGGUCAUCAGAGAAGAAGGAAUCGACGAGCUGGCCAAGUUCUGUGGAGUUGGAGAUGCUGUCUCAGAAAUGACCCGCAGAGCUAUGGGUGGCGCGGUGACUUUCAAGGCGGCCUUAACAGAGCGAUUGGCAUUGAUCCAACCCUCCAGAGAGCAGGUGCAGAAGCUCCUAUCAGACCACCCCCCACACCUCACGCCGGGGAUAAGGGAGUUGGUGAGCUGCUUACAGCAGCGAAAUGUUCAGGUCUUCCUCAUAUCUGGUGGGUUUAGGAGCAUCGUAGAACACGUCGCUUCCAAGCUCAAUAUUCCGGCCACCAAUGUCUUUGCCAACAGGUUGAAGUUCUAUUUCACUGGUGAAUACGCUGGUUUUGAUGAGAGCCAACCAACUGCUGAGUCUGGUGGGAAAGGCAAGGUGAUUGGACUCCUGAAGGAACGGUUCCAUUUUAAGAAAAUCGUCAUGAUUGGGGAUGGAGCCACUGACAUGGAAGCUUGUCCUCCUGCUGAUAUUUUCAUUGGUUUCGGGGGAAAUGUGAUUAGGCAACAAGUGAAGGACAACGCCAAGUGGUAUAUCACUGACUUUGGGGAGCUUCUUCAAGAACUGGAAAAGUGAUGUCUAAUUAUAUAUAUAUUUUAUUAGAACUUCCAGAUUAAUUAAAAAGAACAAUUAGGCAGAUUUAUGGUGUUCGUGUACAUUUACCCACUGCCUUUUUACAUGCCCAAAUUUGGUGCUGGUCCCCUGUCCUUUCAGGUUAACUAGUGGUUCCUGACCAUUUUGACCACUGAAGUUCACAGUUGAAGGCCAGUUAAAAGCAUUCUUCCUUGCUUGACCUUUGAGUGGAACACUAAACCACGAGGUGGAAGUCCCUUCUCCCCCAUAGGAAUUCAUCAUAUAUGGGAUGGUACAAAGGUCUCAUUUACAGAACACUGGAACACCAAACAGGAUUAUUAGUGUCUCAAAACAAAGUCAUUUGUUCUUAAAGAUCAAACGAAGAAAA